ACCGAGUCAUAGUGCUGGUAAAGCGCGCCAUUAUCAAAAUUUAAUUUAUAUCAUUACGGCCUUUAAAAAAAUUGUAUUGGUUAAGUAAUAUUUUAAAUGUGCUUAUGGUUCUUUCAGGCUUUUAUGCAAAUUUGUCCAUGAAAGGCAGCAGCUGAAACGUUUGAAGCCAGUGUUAUUUGGGGAAAUGAUUUGAAGUCUUACGCAACUGAAUAACUGAGUCAGCAAAAUGCCUACUGGCAUAGCUAAACCAGGACGUUACCGCUGCAUUGCAUUUUACCAAAUUGCUUAAUAUGGUCUUUACAAACAGCUAGGGGCUCAACAAUAAAGCAUUUCGCUACUCGAGCUAGUUUAUACCCUAUUUUAUGUAGAACUAACUAACUAGUGCAAUCAUUCUGUUAUGAAGCCAUAACCGUCACAAAACUAAGAGUCCAUUAACUUCUAUUUUCACCAUUUCUUCUAACACAGAUUCUAUUUUAUUUAUUGAAAUUUUCUAUUCAAAUUUGAUUACCACCCGAAGUCUUUAUUCAUAAUCAUAAACAAGAAUAGUUUUUGAGUCGAUGAAAUAAACAAGCACGCAUAUAUCUUAUCAUGGCGACGAAAGAGAAAAAAUCAGACGAGAAUAAAUUGACUGAAAUUGAGAUCGUGCAAUCUGACAGAAGACGAGUGAGCGUAAGCAGCAGUAUCAAUAGUUCAACGGCGAGUGUUAGGAGACGUCUCGCGUUUCUGUGGCGCUGUUGCAAGUGCUGUUUCUGUGUGCCCUACAAAUGCUGUAGAUGCUGCUGUUGUCACAAGAACAGGUGUUGUUGCGGAUGUUGCUGCCAUGAGUACUAUCACAGAAAAGUCCAGACGGAUGGUCUUGGUUUCGGAUCUGGCUCGGUCUAUCUCAAAGUGGGCAGCGAAGUAGAAUCAACAGAUCCACUGAAGAGACCAUUCGAUAUUGACUCCAUGGCGAAGAAAGAAUCAGAAGUUUGGUGCCUUAUUGUGUCCGAGUGCAUAUCUCCCCUGUGGCAGAAAGAGGCCAAUGAGAUGGGCAUGGAGCAGUUCAUAAACAAAUUCUCAGACUCUGUUCUGAAGAGGAAGACACAAGUGAAGGACACUAUGUCGCCUGCCUAUGAUGGACUGGAGAAGUUGCUGAAAGGAAAAAAGAAUGACAGACAGAUCACAACUGAGAAAGAGCUGCAGAUUCUGAUAUCAACUCUGGAAAGCAAGCUGAAGAACGAAUCCGAUCAGCCGUCGAAAGAAGAUUCAAUUAGACCCAAGGAGGCAUCCAGCACUUUCAGCGGAAAGCCACUGCGACAUACAGAACUGCAACCGACCGAAGUAAAAGUUGAAGUAAAGUCUUUUGAAAGCAGUUUUAUGAGACCGGCUAAAUCUCCUGUGGAUAAAGACGAGCCUCUGAAGUCGACGAGCAACAGGAACAGUCUAUUGCGGAAAGAUUUCUUCGGACUACCAGAAUCGGAUGAUGAAGGUCCAGAAUAUGAGUCAUACGCAAAGAAUGAAACUGCUUUGGGGCCGUAUUCUCCAAUUAAAUCAAGUGAAAAUUCCCCGGAAAAGGAAAAAGUUAGUUCACCCAAGAAGGAAACUCCUAAUUCACCUGUGAAAGAAAUCACGUCGCCAACCAGCAAUAAUGCAAGGUUAUUGGUUGGAAGCAGCCCUCCUAAGUACAAAGGGUUUAGCAGCACGGCUGAAUUCAAAUAUACAAAAGUUCCGAUCACAGAGCCAAAAGAGCCAACAAAUUUAGAUGAUAAGGUUACUACAACUACGGUUUCUGUAACAGAAAAGAAACUUAAACCAGCAGCAGCAUCUCAAAGCGAAAAAAGAGAGCCAUUGGUAUCAGAAAAGAAGGAGGAACCGUCUCUGAGUUCUGUGAAAGUUGAGAUGGUAUCUAGUGGAAAGAAAGCUGAACUUCCUGUUGAGGUGAACGAAGUUGCUAAACCCAGUGUUGAGGCUGCUGUCAACGGUAGCGCGUCUGUGAAUCAAAGGAAGGAGGCUGUGUUUGUGUCUCGGAUCCAACAGACAUUGGGAAGCGACGAGGGCGAAAAAGGAAAGGAAGAUGAAGAUGAAGAAGGGUCGUCCGGUUCUGAGUUUGAAACUGGGAGUAGCAGUAGUGAAGAGGAGAGUGAGACUAUCACGACUAAGAAGAUCACGAGGAUCAUUCGGGUGGAUCCGAAUGGGGAGAGGAAGGAGUUCGUCUAUGAGGGACAGGAAGGAGAUGACACUGAGAAGUUAAUUGAGAAGGCAUUGGCUGAUUCGCCAUAUGGUCAUACAGAUGGCCAUGACGCGAAUGGAGGGAUGGAACCGGUGGUCAAAACACAACGAAGAGUGGUGUUGAAGAAAGAAGUGGUGAAGCGGACUGUGAUUCAAGACGGAGACACGGAAGAGACAACGACAGUGGAGACGAAAAACGAAGAAGUAUCUGACUCAGGUAACCAACUGGGACCAGGAGGCCAAAAGGAUAGCACCACCGACAAGAUCAUACAACAACUGGAGAGAGAGUUCGCAGAAAUGUAGAGCGAAAACUUACUAGGAGACAAAGCAAACGACAAAGAGAGAAAAAGGAAGAAAUAAUAUAAGAAAUCAGUUCAGUUAAUCACGGAGCGAUGAAGAAGAUUGUUAACAGAUGCAGUCAAUAUUUUUGAAAUAGCUUUCUCAUUUUGCGUGUUGUUGACUUGUGCAGUAUUCUAAAUUUAGUAUUGUGCAGUAUUCUAAAUUUAGCAAGAUAAAGAACGUUAUGUGCUUUAAUAUUUGGUGAAGGAUUUUAAUUUGAGCUCAUGGUCUAGCAAAGAAAACUCACUUUUUCAGCAGUAACGAUUCAAUUCAAUUAUUGUUCCGAACUUUGUAUAAGGGCGUUUUAUUUUUUUUUACAUUUGUUUUCACGCAAAAUCAUCUACCACGAAUAAUCAUCAGAAUGGGUUGUGUGAAAUAUCAUAUUAAAGCCCUUUCAGUCGUGAUUCAAACUUCCUUUAAAAGAUUUGAAAAAAAAAAUCAGUGUCGAGAAAAAGCGGUUUGAAAUUUUUGUUUUUGGUCUUAUUUCGAGCUAAUACGUGAGAGUGCCGGCCUACAAUAGCUUAAUUAAGUUUAAUUUGAGUCGUGAACAUUUAGCUUCGCUCGAGUGAAAUUGGCUUUCGGAAUUCUUCAGCUCCACGCCAUGUUGGAAAUCAAAAACUUCAAAAAUU